CCCGGGGGCCGAGCCCGCCGUAGCCUGGUAACCGCCGCUCGGCGGGCGGAGCGCGGCCCCGGCAGCGCCGCGGUCAGGUGGCAGCCCCGGAGACCGAGCCCGGCUGCCGCCCGAUAAAAGUCCUGCCCCGCCGCCACCGCGAGGGAGCGCGGAGCCGCCGCGGAGCCAUGUGCAGCGUUGGACACACUCUAUGAGACAUCCCAGCUUCAGCAGCCCACAGCAUCCGUGUGCCGGCCCGUGACUUGGAGCAGGACAGUUUCUUACCAAGCGGAGUGGGUGGAGGGGGCUCCUGCUGCCCUGACACCAGCGGGCCAGACAACCCUUCCCUUGGCUGAAGAUCCUGGUGGGUCUGUUCCCAUAAUGGAAGCGUGAGUGCCAAGAUCCUCCAUGACCUCCAGAAGCCACAACUCCUUGCCGAGAACUCUGAUGGCUCCGCGAAUGCUUUCCGAAAGUGCCCUGGGGGGCAUCGCCCAAAUCACCCCCUCGCUGUACCUGAGCCGGGGCAGCGUCGCCUCCAACCGGCACCUGCUCCUGUCACGGGGAAUCACCUGCAUCAUCAACGCCACCAUCGAGAUCCCCAAUUUCAACUGGCCCCAGUUUGAAUACGUGAAAGUGCCUUUGGCUGACAUGCCCAACGCCCCCAUCUCCCUGUACUUCGACAGCGUCGCCGACAAGAUCAACAGCGUGGCGCGGAAGCACGGGGCCACCUUAGUCCACUGUGCCGCCGGCGUGAGCAGGUCGGCCACGCUCUGCAUCGCCUACCUGAUGAAGUACCACAAGGUCUCCCUCUUCGAGGCGUACAACUGGGUCAAAUCGAGGCGCCCCAUUAUUCGCCCCAACGUGGGCUUCUGGAGACAGCUGAUAGACUACGAGAGGAAGCUCUUUGGGAAGACGACGGUUAAAAUGGUACAGACACCAUAUGGCAUCAUCCCAGACGUUUAUGAGCGAGAGAGGAGACCCCUGAUGCCUUACUGGGGAAUUUAAGGUGACUGCAGGCAGGAAGCACAACAGAAGGGACGCGCUGUUCUGAGUCAACCAGACUGGAGACAUUCCCUUCUCCUUCUACAGCCAACUUUGGUUCUUUACCAUACAGCAGAACCUCAACUAAUUCUCACCUCACUAACCUGCAAGGCCAACGAUUCCCCUCAAAGCAUUUCUCUCUACAGGGAUUCCCCCACCCGCAUUUCUCUGAUUUAGCAGAAUGAGGCCUCCUUCUAAGUUUAUUCCUUUCAUGAAGCCUCCCUCCUUUUUUCAGUUUAUUAGUAUCCUAUGAGGAAAGGCCCAACAGGCGUUUGGCAGAGUUAAUGAACAAAAUGUGCUUUGUGAUGCGGUAGCCUGGAUAUUUCGUUAAUAGCUUGUUUGCUUCCUUGCAAAAUCCUGUAGCGGGUAGGGAGCGGCACUAGCACGGGGCGAGCGGGUCCUGCUCCGCGCAGCGGGGUUUCCGAAAGCAGGAGGGCAGGGCUGCAGUGCUAGUGCUGGUGUUUUCUUUAACAGCCGUAGUGACUCUCAGUAUAUAGUGUUUGAGAUCUUUAGUCAGCUCUUAAUCUGUAUUAAAAUUUAAAAAAAAGUGAAGUCAGUUCAUGUCGGCCACAAAUAAAAUUUGAAUUACUCGAAUCAAAUAAAUACAAGAUCCUUUCUCAGUCAUUCCACACCAGGGCAACGGCCCUGGAAUACUCUUACAGUACUCAAAAAUGCUGGUGUUUCUUGUGGGUGGAAAGUAAACAGAGCUCCUGUCCAAAUGUGGCUCAAGACAGAAGCGAGAGGUGAACCCUCCCCGGCUCAGCCAAAGAACCCCACGGGAACUCUGUGCACGGCGCCUUCCAGAGGGGAUGAGCUGCGUUUUCUAACAUUCCAUCAACCAGCAAACUGGAAGUAGGUAAAUCUGCUUGAUUACUCAGCUCUAAGUACGGUCGUGAUCUGCCUUAGCCCAUUUCCAAAUCACUUCAUGACAUCCUCAAGGUGACAUCGCACUCUAGAAUUAUUCUGCGCAAAACGGCGAUCUGCUCACGCUCCGGACAGGGACGGCUUUCCAGAGAAGGCUUUGCCUUGUUCACCGCGCGACGAGAACGGUUCCAGCCCGAGAUGGGGAGAAGGCGCUGCCUCCUGGGCAUCCCUCCCGUCCCCGCGGAGGGGCUGGGGCCGGCUGAACUGGAGCGCAAGGCGAGCCCGUCCCCAGCGAGACGCGGCUGUCCCCUGCUCAUCGCUGAGGAGGAACAGGCAGAUUGCUGGAUGCCGGGAUAGCUCUCUGAUUUAAAUGAGAUUCUAUACUUGUAAAAAAAAAACAAAAAAAAAUCAAUAAAGAUUAAACCAGAA